AUGAAUCCGGCCGGCGAGAAGGGUGGUGGCCCAGCUGCAGCCACUAGCGGGGGUCCCGAUCAAUGGUUGGAACAAGCAAAAAAAUGUAAAUAUCUGACGGAAGGGGAUAUGAAAAAGUUAUGUGAGCUUGUCAAGGAGUGCUUGAUGGAGGAGUCGAACAUUCAGCCUGUAUCAACACCCGUUACGGUAUGCGGUGAUAUCCAUGGUCAGUUUUAUGAUCUCAUGGAGUUAUUCAAUGUGGGUGGAGGCUUGCCGGACAAGGUCAACUACGUUUUUCUGGGCGAUUUCGUCGAUCGAGGGUAUUUCUCGCUGGAGACAUUUACAUUAUUGAUGUGUUUGAAAGCAAAAUACCCCGACCGGAUAACUCUUGUACGCGGAAACCACGAAUCUCGUCAAAUUACCCAAGUUUACGGUUUCUACGAGGAAUGCCAAACGAAAUACGGUAACGCUAGUGUAUGGAAAUCAUGUUGUCAAGUUUUUGAUUUCUUGGCGCUUGCAGCAAUCAUUGACGGCAGUGUACUGUGUGUACAUGGGGGGCUCAGCCCUGAGAUCAGAACAUUGGACCAGAUAAGAGUUGUUGCAAGGGCACAGGAAAUUCCACACGAAGGAGCAUUUUGUGAUUUGGUUUGGAGUGAUCCAGAAGAUGUAGAAACAUGGGCUGUAUCACCUCGAGGGGCCGGGUGGUUAUUUGGUGAUAAAGUAGCGACAGAGGUAUGGGUCCUCAUUCUAAAAUUAUUCGACAACAUGCUUACUUCUUACUAUUAG